CGCCCACAGACGCCCCGCAGGCGGCUUCGCGCUGCCGGGAGGCCCGGGUGGCGCGCCGUGCUCUGUCCGCGGUGCGAGGAGUGUGCCUCCCGCAGCCCCGGGGCGCGGAGAGCGCGGAGGAAGGGUCGGGGCCGCCCACGCUGCUCUCGCUGUCUCGCCGUCGCAAACGCCCUCCCGGGGGUGGGGGGGGCGUCCCCCGACCGGCGCGAUGGGAGCCAACGAGGACCAGGAGAUGGAACUGGAAGCCCUACGUUCUAUUUAUGAAGGGGAUGAAAGUUUCCGGGAAUUGAGUCCCGUUUCAUUUCAAUAUAGGAUAGGUGAAAAUGGUGAUCCCAAAGCCUUCUUAAUAGAGAUUUCCUGGACAGAAACAUAUCCCCAAACACCUCCAAUUAUAUCUAUGAACGCUUUUUUUAACAACACCAUAUCAUCGGCUGUAAAGCAGAGCAUAUUAGCCAAGUUACAGGAAGCGGUAGAGGUCAAUCUCGGGACUGCCAUGACCUACACGUUGUUUGAGUACGCCAAGGACAAUAAAGAGCAGUUCAUGGAGAAUCACCAGCCUGUGAAUUCUACGAUCCCCAUAAGCAGUAUCAUCUCCGUUGAAACUCCUAAUACAGCCCCAUCGAGUAAGAAAAAAGACAAAAAAGAACAGCUUUCAAAAGCCCAGAAACGUAAGCUGGCAGAUAAAACAGAUCACAAAGGAGAACUUCCUCGAGGAUGGAACUGGGUGGACGUGGUGAAGCAUUUAAGCAAAACUGGCUCUAAAGAUGAUGAAUAGUACUUGGAAUUGAAGACAAGAGAAGAGCAUCCUUUAAAAAGUAAACUGGGUUCAAAAUCCUUCAUUACUCUUUUCUGCUAUUGAGGUGGCUUUUUAUAAAACAGAAUUUUUUUGUAUGUUUCUUAUGUAAAAAAUGUUUUAAGCUGAAAGUUCAUGAAGAGAUCUGGUUGUAUUAAAUUAUUUUCACAAACUUGCCUUAAUAAAAGGUGAAAUGUUACCGUUUAGCAUUAUUUUUGAAGAUGGUUGAGCUUUGUAAAUGGACAAAAUGGGAAAUAAUAAAUAAUCAAUGUGAGUUUAUAUGAUCUUAUCCUAGUGGAUGUGAUAUUUUUUAAAGGAGCAGGAAGCCUUUU